GGUAUCCUUGGUCCUCUCCUUUGGAGUUUUAUGAAUAAUAAUGAAGGAGAAGAAGAAACUCCUCUCACUCCAAGUGUGGGAAGUUAUAGUCACUCCCCCUGAUUAUAUGAAGGAUUCGCUUGGCGCAUGUUCCUCCAAUUGCCUCCCAAAUACAAAAGUUGGACACUGUUGUUCUUCUGCUGUUAGUUGUUCUAUCAACAAGAGCAUGGCGCUACAUCAUGUUCUCCUCGUUUUCAUCAUUAUCGUGUGGACUAAUGUAGCGAGCGUGCAGGCCAGAAGAGAUGAAGAAAUGGCUAGAGAAUUCAGAAGAGGGGAAGAUAUGAAAGAGAGGAGAACCAGAAAAUUCGAUGAAAUGGUACUAUCGACUGCAAGAGGUUAUGGAAAGAGGACAAACGGACAACUCAGAAAAGACUUUCUACUGGAAUGGAUUGCAAUGGAGAGAAUGCGUGACUUGGGAUAUCCAAGAUUUGUUAUGAACAACGCUGAUCUGACGCCGGAAUAAUUCUUUUCAUCUCUUUUUGAUUCAGAUUCAUAUUGUUUGGAGUGUUGUACCCUUUACUUAUGUACAUUAAAAAUGAAUGUAAAUUAAUGACAUGAUAUAUUGAGAAUAAAAUUAAUAUAUUAGAUAUA